AUGCAGGGGUACUAUGAAACUGUCGGCCCCGACUGGACAGGCGUUGAAACACCGUACCAAACUGCCUUUAUGGGGGUGAACCCCUCCCCGUAUUGCACAGAGCCUAUGGUCCCGCAUCCCGCCAUCCUCACGCCCAUCUCUCUCCCGGAUAGCUCGUUCCAUCCGAGCCCAGCCCUCGGUCACCACUCCCAGACGCAAGAGUAUCCACCCCAGGAAUACCGAUACAGCAUCAGCGACUCCGUCCAGCCACAAGGACUCGGUAUCAGUGCCCCCUUUCCCAGUGAAUAUCCCCGGACAACAGCUCCGACGACCAACUAUAUCUACGCCCCCAAUGAUACGCAGUAUGGGAUGGGCUAUACGCCCAGCAUGUCGCCGUCGGCCCCGGCACACAAGCGCAUGAAGCGCACAUUCAUUCUCCCACAUCCAGAGGGGAUAGAGCGGAUGAAGCACGAGCGCAGCCAAAGCACGCCAGCGCGAAUGCCGCGCAAGCCUCGCGCACCAGGCCGCGGGCGUCGCGAUCCAAAAGCAGAAGAAGAAGACGCCUUUGUCGAGGAUUUGCGAGAGCAGAAUGUGGCGUGGAAGAUGGUGCGCCAGUUGUAUUCUGAGCGCUUCAAUAAAGAUGCCUCGGAGGCUCGUCUGCAGAUGCGAUUACUUCGUCGCCGCAAGGAGCGGCUAGCGCGCUGGGACGACCGUGAUGUUCAACUUCUUAUCAGCGCCUCCGAGAUGUGGGAGGUCGAGAAGUAUCAAUUCGUCGCUGAAAAGAUGAAAGUAAUGGGCUCCACAAAACACUACACCCCCGAACAAUGUAAAGCACAAUUGUGUCACCUUGAAUCCAAACUACGCCCCCAAGCCCAAGACUCAAGCAGCGACUCUCCUUCAGUAAUAUCCGACCCAGCAGAUUCCCCCACUAUACCCCUAUCUACUUCACGGAAACGAGCCCGUCCGGAAUCGGAAGAUUGA